ACGUAAACUUAAAUGGAUUUAGAGGUUAAAGGGAUUGCUGCUUCUCCUACAAGUCAAGCUCAGCCGUUCUCUGGAAGAAAGAAGCUGCUGCAACAAGGACAAACUUCCAAAUCAUGGGCAAUCCAGAAUCCUCGCCUACCAGUGGUUCCACCACUUGAUUUGCAAAGCCUCAUUGACUCUGAUGAGGAGGAUGAUUUUUCACACAUCCCACUUAGUACCGCGCAUAUUCAUUUUAACCCACCAAAUUCAUCUUCUGCUCUUAGUUGCAUCACACCAUGUCAAAUAUCACAUACUCAGCUUAAUGAAAAUGAACCGGAGCAAGACAUAACACCUGAAAACUUGCCAGCACCAACAAGCAAAUAUAAACUAAAAUAUCAGCAAUAUGAAACUGAAAUGAAAGAGGGGUAUAAACAGUAUAGCCAGAGAAAUGCAGAAAAGACUAAAUCAAAGAUUAUGCAACAGUCUCCAAGAAACAAGAUAGAUGACAAGUGUGUGCAAGGUGAAGAAGCCAUCAUAGAUACUCUCACAACUUUGGAUAGGAAAGCCCUCUUGCAGCAGGGUUAUGCAGAAAUCCCUUAUAACGCACAAAGGAGCACGAGAAGAUCUGAUGCUGAAAUUGUGGCUGCAGAGAGGAAGAAACAGACUGUUGCAGAGCAAGUGAUGACAGACCACUUAUCUAGGGCUGUAAUCAGUGAUCCAGAACAAAACCUAACCACUGCGAGGGAAGACGGUGCUCGUGUCUUUCCAGAUUCCAGGAUAGCACCUCUUCGAUUUAGGAAAAGAACACUACAUGAAACUAAGAUAAGAACCCAUUCCACAUUAACUGAAAAUAUGCUUUCUCAUAAAGUACAGUUUGAUGGUAGGAUCAUAUCAAGAAAUGGACGUGAUGCUUGCAGAGAGCUGAUUGGAUUCUUUUUCAUUCAUGACCAGUCCCUAACAAUUUAUGAGUAUCGGCAAUUUGGGAAAAACAGGACAAAUGUGCUUCCUUUUAUUCAAAAAAACAUUUAUAGUCAUCAGUGUGGACGAAGAAAAGGGAAGCAGUACCAACUGAGUGAUUUUUAUGUCGGUGGAAACUUGACAUUUUUGAGUUCUGAUCAUCCCAGACUUCCAGAAAGCAUAAAGGAAAACAAAUUACUUAUACUUCGAAUCACUAAUAUUGAUCAGAUAGCUCUGUAUUCUCUCAAAACUGAUUCUGUGGAACAUGAAGAUGAUAUAACCAGUCAAGAAGCCAAUGAUAGGCUUGUCCUAGAGGCUGUUCAAGAUGUGCUAAAAGAACAGCUACUCAAAAGGGGUGUUCGUAUUUUGACCAGAUUGGGAAAAUACCUUAAACAAUUGGACAAGGAAGGAACUGGACUUUUGGACAAGGCAGCUGUCAAGCAAGCUCUGCAAGAGUUUCACUUGCAAGUGUCUGAAGACGCCCUGGAGUCUGCGUGGCAAGUUCUGGAGGGCAAUGCGGGUGGCAAGGCCGACUACGGAGAGUUCACACGUGCCGUCAUUGGGGAAAUGAAUGAGUACAGGAAAUCGUUUGUCCGGAAGGCCUUCAUGAAACUGGAUUUCAACAAAACUGGCUGUGUUCCUCUUACAGACAUAAGAAAAUGUUACUGUGCAAAGAAGCAUCCUCAAGUCAUUUCAGGCCAUUCCACAGAGGAAGAAAUCAAAUUAUCUUUCCUAGAAACAUUAAAAGGUGCCUGCAGCAAGUCUGAUGAAGUGUCCUAUGGUGAAUUUGAGGAUUACUAUGAAGGUCUAAGUAUAGGGAUAGUAAAUGAUGAAGAUUUUGUUAAUAUCGUACGUAUUCCGUGGGGGAUUUAGUUUUUUCAAAAUGAGUGUGUCUUCAGCACUAAGCAUUUUAUUUUAUUUUUUUUAAUUUUUUUAUUUAUUUAUGAUAGUCACACACACAGAGAGAGAGGCAGAGACACAGGCAGAGGGAGAAGUGGGCUCCAUGCACCGGGAGCCCGACGUGGGAUUUGAUCCCAGGUCUCCAGGAUCGCGCUCUGGGCAAAAGGCAGGCGCCAAACCGCUGCGCCACCCAGGGAUCCCAGCACUAAGCAUUUUAAAGGAGAGAUGAAUUGAAUGUAAAAUAAGGUCAAACCCUGGAAUAUAUUUUUCUAGGACUUCUUUUUUCGUUUGUUUUUUUUUUUUUUUUUCUCAAAAAGGUUGAGUCUGGAAAGAGAAAUCAGAGAGAUGAAGAAGGGGGAAUGUGUAUGUGCAGGUGCAUGUCUGAGUGCUUCCUGUCUAAGUUUGUAAAGCUCUAUCUUGAGGAUUUAUAAUUUAUCUUGAAUAUAUUUUAAAGGUCAUUUUUAAAAUUAGCCUUUGUAGGAAAGUUACAUCUGUAUUAAACUAUAUUAAAGCUCCUAUAAAGUAAGCAAGUCACUUGUCCAUUGUUUUCUUGCUACCCAUUCCCCCAAAAUAGGAUUGCCACCAUUCUCAAUUUAAUGAACUGGAAUUGGGCCCAAAACCUGUAAGACUUCCAAUAGUUCAGCUUGUUUCAAACACAUGAAAAUGUUAGAGGAAUUAAAGGACAUGCAAGAGCAAUUUUCCAUGCAGUGUAGAUGUUUUCUGUAAUAUAAAUAUUUAGGAUGAUGGAGGCUUACACCUAAAAUGCUACUUAGACACUGACUUGUCUUGUAGAUUCUCCUAAAUCAUGUGCUGUUGUUUGUCCAAUAGAGCACAAUGUAAUUUUUCAAGUGAUCAGCUCUGUUUGUUCUUUUAUUCUAUUUUUAACUGCAGUCCUUAUUACCUACACAGAAUUACUGUUUAGCUAGAAAUGAUAUGAAAUGUGAGGGGAAAUAUUUUCUUACAUUUUUAUUUUUAUUUUUAUUUUUUUCUUACAUUUUUAA